UCUGUUGGCUCAUUAACGACGACAUUCACACCACCCUCUAGUUGUCUCGCCUCCUUCCAAACCACGGGAUGGAGCCAGUCCCUGACCAACUUGGGGUUCCUUUUUGCAGGUCCGGUAACAACAUCGGGCUGCAUGCCCGAUAACUUCCAGUUUUCCAGCACAAAUUUCUACUCUCCGGGAAUAUGUCCUGUAGGGUACACGACCGCAUGCCACUCCUCGAUCCCAGUAGGAACGUUGACCGAGACGGUGGUAACUUGCUGCCCGACGUUUGUCCUGCGGAAGCCGUGUUCUGCAAGGAGAAAGUUGACAAUGGCAUAG